GCCAAGGCGCUUGAAGAAAAGGCGCGGGAGGGUGCACCUGCAAGCUCAUAUACUACGAACCGUAUGCCAGAAAGGUCGCCAGACAAAUCCUUGGUCAAAUCCGCCCAGCAUAAGCGCAUGCAGUCGCUACAGACCACCAGUGUCCGAGACUUGAGGAGCUUCCUCGAUGGUGUGAGGUCGCCGGACCGCUCACCCGAGCGCCCUUCAAGAUCAGCGACACCAAAUACGGGACGAGAUCAUGACAGAGACUACGCAUUCCCUACGUCUCCAGACAAGAGUCCCACUCGAUCUGCAACGCCAACACCAGUCGGGCGAGAAGCGCUAAAAGAUACUCCGGCCCUACGACCAUCCAGCCGGCCGCUUACGAAGGCCAUACUUGGUGAAAAUACUCCGCCAUCGGCCACCAUGUUGGCAUUACAGACGAUGACCAUACCGCGGGAGCACCUCGAACCUCUAUCAAAUAUCCCAAACUCCACAAAUUCCGCAAAUCCCGCAAAUACAUCGACAGCUAGGACUCCACAGACUUUCGAUGCCAUUUCAACUCAGCUUCUGAGUAUUACCUCUAUAGCUUCCAAUCUCCAGAAGGAGAUGUCACAAUUGAGCCGCCGGAGUAAAGACAACGCUAGCGAUCUGAUCAGCCUUAAAGAGGCUACAAAUGCUCGGGAUGAAGACAUUCGCAAGUGUCUACGAGAACUCGUUGCAAACGUUGGUCUUCCUCAACAAAGCAAUCUCCUUGGUGCCCCACUGGAUUUCAACCGGUCGAGCAGCAGUCUCUUUGGAGAGAAGAAGGAUUCACACAGUACCCCACCGGGGAAGAACUUCACCUUGCCCCGGUUUCCUUCUCCUAACAUGUGGGCGGAUGACAGAAUAGGGAGCCCAAACCCUUAUUCUGUCGAAGGAGCAGCCAGCGUGGCGAUGUUAGAGAAGAUCAUUCGCGAGAUGGUCACCAAGGACGGUCAAGAGCGCCUUCUGGCAACACUUUCAACCCUAGUCGACAAAGCCACUGGAGACACCGCUAAAAAGGUCACUGAUUUGGUCGAGUUCAUCAAGGCGGGACCUCAGAGCCAAGCUCUGGUGGCACGCACAACUUUCCAGCCUUCGGCAGGCACUGGGCCUCUUGCUCGCACCACUAGGGAUAUGAAUGCUAGUUUUGCCAUGCCAAACGUAACCGAUGGCCAGAAGCCCUACGCUAGCCCGAAAGCAGCCGAUUUCGUGAGCGAGGAAAUGCUCAAGUACUUGAAGAAGAUAAAGGACAGCGUUGCUGAGCAAGGUGGCAUGACUGCCGAAACCAAAGCUUUCCUCAAGACUAUGCGCGGAGAGGUCCUUGGUAUGGGUAGAGACAUUGCCCGUCAGAUCGACGAGUACGCCAAACAGCGGGAAUCUCAUCUUGCGAUUGACGAUGUCCAAAACAAACCAGACCUAGAACGCAUUGUCCAAGAGGGUCUGGGCGAACUUCGAGGUCAAAUGGAUCGACUUAUCCGGGAGAAACGACGGCAAUCAAACUCGUCCACCAUGUCCCGAAACUCGGUCGAUAGCCAGGAAGUGUACCAAGUUGUCAAGCAAGCUCUUGCGGAGCGGGGCCUUGACCGCGCCCCGGUCACUGCAGAUUCUUCUCUCGAUAAAGAAGCUAUUCUUUCUGCGGUCAGGGAGGCCUAUGAAGCAUACAAGCCCGAGAUCGAACUUCAGCAAUUUGGCUUGGAGCGAGAUGAAAUUCUGCAAUGCCUCAAAGAAGGCCUUGAAGAUUAUCGAAACUCCGGUUCUGCGAGAAACCAAGGCGCCAUCAGCAGAGAAGAGGUCAUGGAUACCAUUCAUGAUGCAUUCCAGAACUUCACCCUCCCAACUCCACCAAAUGAGGCCCACGAGAUCCGGGAAGAAGUCCUGUGCGCCGUCCGCGAAUGCUUAGAGGAAUUCAAACCAGCCAUGAACGCUCAACCGCCAUCUUUCGAUCAUGAACUUGAAAUCAGCCGCGAGGAUCUGUUCGAUGCCGUAAAGGCGGGCCUUGAAGGCUCCAGCACUCCAAUGGGCGGAUACGGCGAACAAGUCAUGUCUAGCUUGAAAGAGGUUGUAAACAACAUGCGAGAAGAGUUCAAAUCGUACUCGUCUGCCAACGGAAGAGAUACCGAGCAAGUUCUGGAUGCGGUCAGGGAUGGCCUCGAAACUCUUCGAGCAGAGAUCGAGACUUAUGUCGACAAAGCCCAAGAUGUCACCGGAAAAGACGAAAUUGUCGACACCAUGAGAGACGAACUGGAACGACUGCGGACGGAUGUGCAAGGUUUUGUUGCGGAAGGCCCUCGUGGUGAUCAUGCUUUGAGUCGUGGAGACAUGAUUGGAUAUAUCAAGUCAGAGUUCGAGCACCUUCACGAAGAACUCACUUCGCAAUUCCUCCCGGCAGCGAAGGACAAGGAGGAGAUUUUGGCUGCGCUGACCGCUGGAUUUGAAAGCAUGCGCUCUCAAGUCACUACUACUCGCGACUUUGAUCCAGAAUCGAAUGACGAUAUCAACGAAGCGAUGAAGGAGGAAUUUGAACAACUCAAGGACGUCUUGCUCGGCGGCAGUGCCUCUCACAAGGACGAGAUCCUUGAAGCCCUCCAUGCCAGCCUCGAAGGUCUCCACUCCGACCUUGGCCAGUCUGGCUCUUCGGUGAACACCAACGACGAUAUUCUUGCUUCAAUGAAGGAAGAGUUCGAACAUCUUCGUGAGACUCUGGCAACUACUCUGAUUAAAUCUGGAGGCUCCGCCGACAGGGAUGAUAUUAUGGAUGCCGUGCGAGAGUCUAUGGAUGGCUUGCGCUCUCAGCUCGCAUCUGAGCAAGACACUGCCUCCAAGGAAACUCUAAGCGCAAUCCAAGAGGAGGUCCAACAUCUGCGGGAAACCUUGGGCUCUACCCUCGUUCGAGGCGGUGAUUCGGUGGAGAAGGAGGAAAUCUUGGAGACUCUGAGGACAGGUCUUGAGGAAAUUCGUACCAACACAUCUCGAUCCGAGUCAGGUGGUCUCAAUGAGGAACUGCUUGAAGCUUUCCGUGGCGAACUCGAACAACUCCGCCAAUCAAUUGCAACCGGUAUGGCUCGCCAUGGUUCCAGGGCUGAUACAGAGGAGGUUCUGGAUGCAGUCAGACUGGGACUCGACGAUCUACGCUCGCAUUUGGAGAAGAGGAUAGAUAACCCGGAACGCCAAAUGUCCGCGACUGGAGAAAUCCUCGAUGCGCUGAACGAUGGUCUCGACAGUCUGCGCUCAGAUGUUGUCAAGUUGGUCGACAAGCCAGUUGACAUGACCGUUUCGUACGAGAUUCUGGACACCUUGAAGGAUGGUCUUGCCGGCCUUCGUGAGGAUAUCGACCGCCUCAAAGGACAUACCAGGUCUGGCUCUUCUACGGAGUCUUUUGAUGAAGAAGUCCCGAGGGGCAAUGAAGUUGUGCUUGCUGAAGAUCCCGAUUCUCUGACUCGUGAUAUGCCGCCAGUGCAUGUACCGCAGGAGUCACUUCAACGCAACGAUCUGGAGAAAAUGGAAGUCAUGUUGGCUCAGUUGCACAUCAAGGUCGAAGCGAUGGACGCAAAUAUUCAGAACGUGGACGCAAAUAUCCAGAAUGCUCCAGCGCCGACCGCCGUUUCUGACGCUCAACCAGCGCCUGGCUCUGCAAUGAAGGAUGACAUAAUUGGUAUCGAGGCACUCCUCCAAGAUCUACAGGCGACAGUCAAUGUUAUCGCUUCAAGAGAUGGACCAAAUCCAGACGGACUAGCCACAAAAGAGGACACGGACGCUAUUGAGACCCUUCUGAGGAAUACCAAGGCCAUUAUCGAGGAAUUGCCCCUUGCUGACUCCGAGAACGCUAUGAAGAAGGAACAUUUGGAUGCGAUCGAGGGUAUCACUCUAUCUACGAACGAAGCGAUCGACGCCCUCUCCGCCAAAAUUGAUGAGAAUGGAGCUACUAAGGAAGACAUUGCUGUAGUUGAGGUUCUAGUGCAGGACAUGAAGACUGCUUUGGAGGAGCUGAAGACAGCCAAGCCUGAUGAAGAAGAGGGCGAGGAGAAGCUCACCAAGACGGAUGUUGACACACUUGCCUUAAUCUGUAUGGACAUCAAGGCCAAGGUUGAGGAGAUGAACGUCCCUGAUGCCGAUCAGCUUCCUUCGAAGGCCGACGUGGAGCAGCUUACGGGCUUGAUUCACGACUUCCGGGAUAGCCAUGACAAGAUGAAGGACAGCUACGAGGCUGAUAUUGCGAUUACAGCCAAGGCCUUCGAUGAUCGUAAGAAGGAAGCUGAAGACAUGGUUCUCAACAUCGCCGAAGUCAAGACUGUUCUGGAUGAGAUCAAGGAAGACAUCAAGAACAAUCUGCGCGAAGAUGGUCAAGGAAUUGACGGCCUUUCGCAGUCCUUUAAGAGCCUUGAAGAGACUAUUGGAUCGAACUUCAAUAUCACCGCCGACAUUAAGGAGCUGAUGGAGACAGUGAACCGGGAGUUCGAUCGAUCGCACGGUUCAGUGGAGGGUCUGAAGGUCGAACAAGACGAAAAGCUAGCAUCAACUCUCGAGAAGCAGGAAGAGGCAAAGGAAGCUAUCAUUGCGGAGCUGUGCCAGAAGCUCGACGAGAAGUUCGACACCAUCAUGACCAAAUACGACGAUGCCCAGCUGCUUGCUGAUGAGCAGGCGAAGGUCAUGAACGAGAAGGCUACCGAGCAGCAGGAAAUCCUAGCCAACACCAAGGCAAUGGCUGACGAGCUCCGGCUGACCAUCGACACACUUGGGGCAACCAUUACUGGCUUGUCUGACACGUUCUCAGAGGCAACGAACAAGAUGGCACAAGACUCUCAAACUGUGUUUGGUCGCAUGGACGAUACCGUAGCCAAGCUAGAUGACCACCACGUCGAAGCUAAAUCCGAGCAUCAGCACACCCGCGACGAAGUGGCUAAUGCUAUUCGCAUAAUCAACGGCCUCCAAGGAGAUGUCACUGAGUUCCAUCCGAAGUUCAUGGUCACCUUGCGAGAAAUCCUCGCUCUUGUCAAUCAGCACUACGAACACUCUCAGAAGGCGAAGGAGUCUACUGAGGAGCAAGUGCGAGCUAUUGCCGAGGAAAACAAUGCACGAGCUGAGGAGAUCAGGAGCAACUUCGUGAACCUACCUGCACUGCUGCCACCUCCGCCUUCGACCAUCGAACCUGCUGAGAAGUAUGAUGAUGGCCAGGUCCAGGAGAAGCUCGACAAACUCCUGAGCCAUGCAGAUGAAUCAGAGAAGUCAAUUGCUCAGCUCAGCCGUCUUGACCAGAUCCACCAACAGGUCAUGAACACUGCGGCCGAAGUUUCUGAUUUCGUGGCAAAGCAAACUCAACUGAUCACUGACGGCCAUGAUAGUAAGGAACGGGAAGCUGAGGAGAUGGCUCUUCUAGUUGAGCGUCGCCUUGCACAAAAGGAACAGCUCGACUCGGACGUCCAGGACCUCAAAUACGAGAAGGACUCUCUACUCGCCAUUGUCGCCGCUCUGCAAGUCGAGCGUGAGAACCUCGCAACCCAAAAGGUCCGUCUUACCGGCGAAGUCUCCUCCCUACAAACCGCUCUCGACAUCCGCCGCGAGGAACUGCGUGACAUGGACCACAAAGCCGACGCUCUCGAACGCCGCAUCCUCAACGGCAUCAUGGACCACUCCCGCGCCAUCCUCAUCAACAAAUCCAACAAGGGCCCCGGCAAGCCCAAGAAGCAGCGCAUGCCCAGCAACGCCUCCCACAGCACCCUGGGCAGCAUGCCUCCUCCCAGCGCCGCCGCCAACGGCCUCUCUCUCGCGCUCAAGCAACGUCCAGCCAUCCGGCGCAACGGCCCUCCCCCCAACCCGGCCAGCCGCCGCAUCCUCUCCCUCAGCCAAAUCACCAACAACGUCCCCACGGGCGCGCAAGCCUACGCCGGCGCUCCCAGCUCGCUGUCGAUAUCGAACGGCCUGGGCAACCUCAAGCGCAGCCACUCGGUCAAGACGAACUACAUGCGCAAGACGAGCUGGAACGGGCGGCCGGGCGGCCGGCGCGUCUCGGAAGUCAACAAGGAGAACGAGGCGCUGGCGGAGAGGGAUGAUGAGAACGAGAGCGAAGGCGAGGGCGAGAAGGACAACGAUGACAUGCCGCGGAAGAUCACAGCCGGGCCUGCGGAAGAUGAUUUCGCGAGCGACGCGGGGACCGAGCGGAGACAUAGCUACACCACCGCGACGGGCUCGUACGUGGGUGGCUUCGAUGGCCGCAGCAGCUAUGGCGCGGGCGAUAGCGAGUAUACCUACGGCUCGGGCACGGGGACCUACAUGACGGGCAGCGAUGUCGAUCGGCGCACGAGCUAUGGGAGCACGGUUCGGUCGACGCUUAUGGGCGGGGUGAUUGAUGAGGAGGGCGAGGAGGAGGAGAGUGGAGACGAGCACGGCCAUGAACACGAACAUGAAAAUGCGGAAGAGGAAGCGGAGAAGCGGGAUCAGCUUGAGGAGCUGAAGGAUGUGGGUGGUAGGCAUGGGGAGGAUGGCAAGAAGAUGAUUGUGUUUGCGGCGCCGAGUGAUAGCGGGCUGGGCACGGAUCUGCCGACGGGGGUGGAGAUGAGCGAAGCGGAUUAUUUUAGGAGGGCGGCGGAGGAGGAGGAGAGUACGGUU